CCAACCCUUAUCAAAUUGUUUUGAUCCUUCAUUAGUAACAAACGUAGUGCCUUCAUCUAGUCAAUCUUCACAACUGACUAUAUUACUUUCGCCAAUGACUAUCCAACCUAAUCAUUCACAUUACACCCUUAUAAAUUUUGACCAGUCAAUGUCAGAAAAUAAAAUGCUUAAUAAUAAAGUUGAAUUACUAAAAAUUCAGUUAACAGCUACCCAAGAAGAAUUAGAAAACUACAA